UUUUUAAAAGAUGCCUGGUAAUGAAAAGGGCAAUAAUACAGAGGUGCACAUAAAAAGACACACACACACACACACAAAUGCAAAUGGUCGGAAAGGAUGGAAUAAAAUUGUUACUAGUCAGGAGAUGGCCAAGAAGGAGGCACCGCGUCAGUGCGGUGCCAGUGGAGCGGAGCAGGAGCCGCUGCCCGCGGACGCGUGCCCCCCGCAGACGGACGCACCUCGCAGCGCACGGCGCGGCUCGCAGCCCGCCCCGCCACCCACCGCCGUGUGUCACAACUUCAGAAAGAGCACUGAUGGAGCGAGACGGCUGAAAAUUCGUCGUAUCUUACGCUAUGGGGUUGACCAAAGACAUUAAGAACGUUUUAUAGCCAACUUCAUAAGCCGUAAGAAUCAGACUUCUUUUCGUACUUGUGUUUGCCUUUAACUUAGGUGUUAUCAAUCUAUACAGAAGAUGACGGAUGACCUUGUCAAAAUGACGCCAGUCUAAACAUUUUUUGCCCCAGCCCUGUUCAAAUUUGUGUUAAAAUGUCUUGCCUUAGACACAGACAAAAUCUAAACAGCAGAAGCUUUCCCAGGCUCUGCGAGAAGUAAGGGUGGGAAAGAAACAAACUGGAAACAGGGUGGGGAAUGGCGAAAGGAGCGUGGGCGCACACGCUCUGUCGGUGAGCGAGCGGCGCGGCACCUGGCAGCGGGAGCUGCUCUUCCCCCAGGGAGAUGCUCUGGUGAUAAAAGCUCUUGGUCUGAAUGUUUCGUCUUAAGUGUAUCCGAUGCUACGUGCAUGUGGUACACCUAAGACAAAUGGUGUUUCUCGUCUAGUUUUGUUGUACGACGUAGGGGAAAAAAGGAAGAACCAGUGAUAUUCUCCUUGAUAUGUAAACUCAGCAGCUGAGCGAAGGAGUAGAAAACACCUUUUUUUUAAGGAAAGCGGAGUGAAAAAGAAGUUAGCGAACUUUGCCGCCAUAGGUUGCAUCUCCACCAGCAUACUCCUGGAUUGGUGCUAAAACCGACAGAGAGAGGAGGAGAGAGAUUUGCUGGUGUCCGGAAGGACAGGGUUUCAGGGGAGAGGAAUUCCGCAGCGAUGAGUUCCAUCUCCGCUGGGAGCCCUUGGGACAGGUCAUAGGUGACCGGGGGUUGGCAGAGAGGCGAUCCCAGGAGGAGUACGCGGUGCAGCAGGUACGGCCGCACCGGAGCAGCGGAAUGGGCUAGGAAGGGCCAUAACCCCCACCCCGAGGGCCGAGGACGGGGAGACCGGGGCCGCCUCUCGCCAACCCUGCGCGGCGCCGGGUACCGAGCGGCUGCGGGGCCGCUGCGCGCGGCUCCUCCCGCGGUGCUGAGCGCCCGGAGCCGGGGAGGACGGCAGGAGGGAGGAGGGACAGGGGGAGGGAAGGCAGAAAGGGACACCUUUAAAAGUUGAGCAAGGAACAAAGUGGGGGAUGUUGCCAGAAAAAGGGCUCUGCGCUCAGGCUCACUGGCAACUUCCCGCUCCCUCCCCUCCCUCUCGUACACACCACACACGCUUGUAUUUUGCGCUGUCGUAAAACCCACGUGUCUAGCCCGGAGUCUGCCAGAGAGGAGCGAGGAGCCCGGCCGUGACUACCAUGUGCAGCCACGGCAGAGGGAGCCUGGCGGCUCGCGUCUAGCCGGCACCCGGAGGGGACAUCCCGCUUCCAGUCAACAAAGACGCAGAAAAGCCCUUCCCUCAGCCCUCCGCCGGCCCGAAGGCUCCCGGGACCGCGCACCCUCCCGCACGCCGACCGCGCAGCUCCUGCGUGCCCCGCUCAGGUAAGGGAGCUCCGGGCCGGGGGCGGCUCCGGCCCCGCCGCCUCGCAGGGGUGGGCUCCCCGGUGUGCUGGGAGCCCUAUCCUCGUCCCCAGCUGCCGGGGAACAGACUCGUGCGUGUCUGCGUGGGGCUAAAGUUUCCUCCGUCUCUCUGUUGUGAACUUUGAGAGCCGUUUGCUGCCGCGGAGUGAGGGGAAGAGAUAAGGGAAGACGCCGCGUGCGCGGCUGCCGCUGGCACAGGCGCCCCGGGGCGGCUCUGGCUCCCCGGCCGCUGCCCCCCGCCCAGGCUCCGCCGCUCCGCUCCGUGCUUCCCCCCGCCGGCCCCGCAGGGGAGCGUGGCGGAGCUGCUCCCGCAGCCGAGCGCGGGGAGCUCAUGCGUGGGCCGGGGCGGGGCGGGGGUCUCAUGUCUGCUCUCCGCUUCUUCCCCGCACCGCAGGCAGCGCGAUGCUGAAGCCCGGCGACCCCGGCGGCUCCGCGUUCCUGAAGGUGGAUCCUGCCUAUCUGCAGCACUGGCAGCAGCUCUUCCCGCAGAGCGGCCAGCUCAAGAGCAGCGGGGCCCUCGCCCAGCUCCAGCCGCCCGAGAGAGCCGAGCCCUCGGCUGACAGCCUCCGCCAGCGCCCGGCCUCGCUCUCCUCCGCCUCCUCCUCCUCGUCCUCGUCCACUCCGUCUUCCUCCUCCACUUCGUCCUGCGUCGCCGCGGCGGCCGCUUCCCUAGCCGGCCUGACCGCCCUGCCGGUCACCCAGCUGCCCGUCUUCGCCCCGCUGCAGAGCUCCGAGCCCACGGCCGGGGGAGCGCCCGCUCCCCUGCAGGGCAAGGAGUUGUGCGGGGCCGGCGGCGGCAGCAGCAAAUGCGGCGACCGCGCUUCCGCCCGCUUCCGCUGCUCGGCCGAGGAGCUGGACUACUACCUGUACGGACAGCAGCGCAUGGAGAUCAUCCCCCUAAACCAGCACACCAGCGACCCCAACAACCGGUGCGACAUGUGUGCCGACAACCGCAACGGCGAGUGCCCCAUGCACGGCCCGCUGCACUCCCUGCGGCGCCUGGUGGGCACUAGCAGCGCGGCCGCGGCCGCCCCGCCGCCCGAGAUCCCCGAGUGGCUGCGGGACCUGCCGCGCGAGGUCUGCCUCUGCACCAGCACCGUGCCCGGCCUGGCCUACGGCAUCUGCGCCGCGCAGCGCAUCCAGCAGGGCACCUGGAUCGGGCCCUUCCAGGGCGUCCUGCUGCUGCCGGAGAAGGUCCAAGCGGGAGCCGUCAGGAACACUCAGCACCUCUGGGAAAUAUAUGACCAAGACGGGACAUUGCAGCACUUUAUUGAUGGUGGAGAACCCAGUAAGUCAAGCUGGAUGAGGUACAUCCGAUGUGCGAGGCACUGCGGGGAACAGAACUUAACAGUGGUUCAGUACAGGUCAAAUAUAUUCUACCGGGCUUGUAUAGAUAUCCCUCGCGGCACAGAGCUGUUGGUCUGGUACAAUGACAGCUACACAUCUUUCUUUGGAAUCCCUCUCCAGUGCAUUGCACAAGAUGAAAAUUUGAAUGUCCCUUCGACUGUAAUGGAGGCCAUGUCCAGACAAGACACCCUACAGCCAUUUAAUAAAAGUAGCAAACUAUCCCCUGCCACUCCACAGCGAUCCGUAGUAUUUCCACAGACUCCGUGUAGCAGAAAUUUUUCUCUCCUGGAUAAGUCUGGGUCCAUCGAGUCAGGAUUUAACCAGAUCAGUGUCAAAAACCAACGAGUUCUUGCAAGCCCAACUUCAACAAGCCAACUAAAUUCUGAGUUCAGUGACUGGCAUCUUUGGAAAUGUGGGCAAUGCUUUAAGACUUUCACCCAGCGGAUCCUCUUACAGAUGCAUGUGUGUACGCAGAACCCUGACAGGCCCUACCAGUGCGGUCACUGCUCCCAGUCUUUCUCCCAGCCCUCGGAGCUGAGGAACCACGUUGUCACGCACUCCAGUGACAGACCUUUCAAGUGCGGCUACUGUGGCCGUGCCUUUGCUGGUGCUACAACGCUCAACAAUCACAUCCGGACGCACACUGGGGAAAAGCCCUUCAAGUGCGAGAGGUGUGAGAGGAGCUUCACACAAGCCACCCAGCUGAGUCGACACCAGAGGAUGCCCAAUGAGUGCAAGCCAAUAACAGAGAGCACAGAAUCAAUUGAAGUGGAUUAACUGAUUGACUGGUUGGAAUUAAACUGCAAGGAAAGUCAUGAUUAAAUGUCACGGACACUUAAGCAAAACCAAAGAUUUCCUCUGAGCAACUUUCAAUCAGUCCCAGAAAACCAAAAGCAGUAAUAAAAUAAAUAAGAUGUUAAGAGAUAUUGAUCCUGGCAUGAAAGUGAGACCAGGAAAGAGAUUAUUUAUUUAUGACUAGGGAUGAGUCUUAUUUCAAUUGACAAGUUACUUGGGACUGUUAACAUUUCAAGUCCCACCAUGUAUUGCUUUAAUUCUAAAAGCCUUUAUAAUUGUUAUUUAAUACCAAAGUGAGGAAUCUCAAGGGUUCUUCUGCCCGCAGUUAUGACUGAGAAUGCACAUGGACUUGUUUAUCGUUGCACCUUUUUGUAGCAUGAUUCAAAGAAUCCAGAUGUAACCCUUAGAUUUGGCUAGGCUGGGCUAAGUUGAUCUUGAUGUGGCUGUAAUAGAAAUUGGUGUGUGGGAUGGGGAGUAAUUGAGAGCUAUAUCUGGGUCAGAGUCAGCCUCCUCAGACCAAAGGGCAUUUCAUUUCUGUAGUCUCAUGCCUCACACUGUGUGCACUUUUUCAUACAAGUAGUUUCAUUCAACGACAUUGCAUUGGUACAGAUAUUCUUGGGGGGGGAGGGGGGGAGAGAGUAAGGGGAGGUGGGAGGAGGAGAAGUGGAAAAAAAAAAAGGAAUGUUGUAUAUCUGCUAAUAUACAUUAAGUAAAAGAGCCGGUAGUAAAGCUAGCAGAACUAUCAAAUUCAGCCUCAUAGAUAAGAAAGACAGUCUACUUGCAAAUAGUGUUGUGAGGAGCAAAAUAGCAAGGUAAUGUUUCUAUGUUUCAGUGGUUGAUUUAAUGGUUUGCUUACGUUUAGAAAAGCUAAAUAGAAAUCCAAGCUAUAGUUACUGAUAUUUUUAUUCUGUCGACUUGGAUCAAACUGAAAAUGCUCCUGUAUUAGAUGAAACUUUCAGCAUUCUUGAGCUGAGCUUCGAAACAAAAUAAGUCAGUACUCAGAUACCUUGUAAAAGGUUUGAGGUUUGGAGGCUUCAUUGUGCUCACUUUGCCUGACACAGUAUGAAUGGAAGGAAGCCAAAGUCUUCCCAGCAUCAGUGCAAAAAGCUCAGAUGUUGUUACGUUGGUUUUCACAAUUUUCAUAUUCAGUUACAAUGGCUGUUUUCAAGCUUAAUUUUCUUCAUACUUCAUCAUUUUGUCAAAUCAAAGAAUGAUUUUCACUUUUAGAGACCAGAAGUGUUUAUAUAUUGAUUGUCUCAGUGCUAGAGCUGUAGUUUGAUAAAAGUACAAAAUUAAAAAAAAAAAUUAAAAAAAAGGAAAAAAAAAAAAAGGAAAAAAAAGGUAAACUGCUCCAAGGUCAUGUUAUGUCAUGACAUAAUACUGCAAAAUAAAUUUAGUAAGAUUAUAGGAAUUAAACUAAAUUUGUUCACUUUUACACCAAAACUAAAGUGCUGGCUAACUCCUAAGGGCUCAGUUGGUCAUAUCAUAUACUUUUAAAACGCUGAAGAGCUCAAGCAGAGAAAGAGCAUACAGUACAAAUACAUUUGAAGUGAAUUUAAAAUCUAAGGCAUCCUUAUGUCAGGAUGCUGUUUCAUUACAUUGCUAAACCACACUGCAGAGUCUGGAGUUUCCAAAGCUUUUUAGGGAAUAACUUCAGGAUUUACCAUUUCUGUGGUUGUCCAUUAAAAAAAUAUAAAACACUGUGAAAAAUAGUGAUUUUUAUCAUUGGUCUAUCAAGUACCAGAUUAUCUUAUAAAGAGGCUUCUGCCCUGUGAGCUUUUCAGCUCUGUUUCUCAGUGAGGAGUUAUGGGGAUUAAACAAUUCAGUCAUCACUUGCCUGUUUUUAUCCUCUAAGCUAUAAGAGAUUCUUAGCUACUAUAUAAAUGUGUUGCUUUUUGUUUUUGUGUUGUUGUUGUUUUUCUUUUAGGUUCAAAGAAGCUGAAUAGGGAGUAUUAUAACUUAAAGGUGACUAUCUGAACAUGAUUAUGUUCCUAGCAAGGCUAAAAUAAAAGGAAAAAGAACACCCCAAACUGAUGAAAAGCCUUUCAUACUCUUUCUCCUAGUAAUUCACAUCUUCCCUCAUUUCAGAGACGUAAGGUAAAGAAACCUCUAGGUGGGUCAGCAGGUUUUAGCUAACACUUGAGCAGCAGCUAUAGAUCAUUGCUGCGAGCGAAGAGAUGUUCCCACAAGAAAAAUAGCUGAAAUAGAGCAAGUGGGAAAAGAGAUAUGUCAUGCUCUGAAAAGCAAAUGUGAGCUAUGUGUUAGGUCACUGACUUGUGCUGUUGCUGUGCUCUCCUGUUCUGGGAGGUGGUUCAUGGCAGUUCAAACUGCUCAGCCUCUUGCAGAGAGAGGGACUUACAUUUGAAUCUGUAAUGCAAAUUGCACGUAAGUAUGUGCUUACCGACAUGCCAAGUUUCCUGCUGAAUACAGAUAGGCUUAUUCACAGGUUUCUAAUUAAGUGGUUGUCUAAGUGUUCUCCUGAAUGGGCGU